GAUUCGAAGAUUAGGAAAUGCGUUGGAGCCUCAAAUUGAAGGUGUGGUGGCGGGGACUGAUCACGAGUCGGUGCCGAACCAGGCCAUCGUCUUCUUCAUCUUCGUUGCGAUCUCUCAGUUGAACCAACAUGAGUCGACCGCAUGAUGGACAGCGGAUUUUCUUUCCCUUUGGAAAUCCUUUUUGGAUUAUUUCCCCCAAAAGAUCUUCCCAAUCGCUGAAGAUUCGUGAAUUAUUGUUUUCGUUCGAGCAAGGUCUGGCAGAAAACUUGAAAAAGCUCAAGCCUAAGGAUGCCGCUGAUGUUCUUACUCUAUCUUGGAUGAGUCUUGCUAUGGAGUUCUUAUCAGAUGCUCAUAAUAGCAUAAGAACUUUCAUUAAUGAGCUUCAGUUACCUGUUUCUGACUGGGAUGAGAAAUGGAUCAGCAUAUAUUUGGACAGCAGUGUGAAAUUGCUUGAUGUUUGCAUUGCAUUAAUCUCCGAGCUGUCCAGAUUGGAUCAAGGCCAACUUCUGCUUCAGUAUGUGCUGCAUCUAGUGGACAUCUCGGCUAGUUAUCCUUCGUCUGAACAGCUUGUACGAGCUCAUUCAUAUCUUCAUGAAUGGAUCGAACACAUCUCUAAGAGCCCUAAACUAGACAACUUUGCUGUCGUCGUAGAGAGUCUUCAUCAAGGAACUCUUGAUCUCCCUAAGGUCAAGAGCUCCAAAGGGAAGGCACUGACGAGAGCCUUAUAUGGAGUUAAGGUCAUGACUAUAUUUAUUUGUGGCAUCUUUUCAGCAUCACUCUCAGGUUGCUCAAGAGCACUGAUAGACCUGCAUGUUUCUGCUGAUUUCCUUUGGUUUGAGGCCUUCAGUGACUUGCAAGCUAUUGUGAAUGAGAAAAUAGAGAGAAAAGUUGUCGGUGGGAAGGUGGUACUGUUCAAAGAGAUAGAAGCAGUCAAAAUAUGUGCUUCACAGUUACAUGAUUUGGCCAACCGUGUCAGCUGCAAGGAAGAACCUGUACAAGAUACAAGUGGCAUUACUCGUGCAGAUGAAGUGCCUGCACCAGGGAAGAACACUGAUUUUGAAAGAUGGAGGUUGCAAGGCUGUGUUACCAAUUUGGACGGCGCGGCAAAGAAGCUUGGCCAUGAGCUAGGUUCUCUCUCAAAUCAAGUCAAUGACUUCUUCGAAAUUAUUUUAAGGGGACGUGAUGCUCUGCUUUGCAAUCUUAGAGCAUCCGCUGUAACACAUGACAGUAUUAAUGACAUCAGGUCAUGAUGCCGUCGGAUUGUUCUAUGGGUUUUUAUUGCUUUGUUGGGUUUGGGCUAGCAAAGUUCCUUAACGUUGAUGAUGAGUUUGAAAAAGCAUGUUAUAUGUUUUGGUUGUACUUCAAUUUGUGCUGUAAAUUUGUAGUAUUAUGUGAUGUAUAUAA